GGCAAAGGUUUUAUAAACUGUCACUAUAUGUUGGUCUCUUUAAUAAGGACUUAUUUUGGCUUUAGAGAUGAAAGAUGCUACGAGAUCCAUUUUAUGUUUUUAUCUUUCAGUAUAUGGGACCCUUGGAGCAGCAGGCCAGGGUAGGGUUGGGCCUGGCAGUUAUGGAGCUGGUCCUGGUGGCUAUGGUGCUGGUCCAGGAGGUUAUGGUGCAGGACCCGGAGGUUACGGGGCUGGCCCAGGUGGCUAUGGUGCUGGGCCUGGUGGAUAUGGGGCUGGACCUGGCCAGACUGGAAGCAGAGGCACUGGUGGUGGUCCUGGUGGUGCUGGGACUCUCGGAAUUGGAGGGGUUGGAACUGGUGCUGGAGGCUUAGGUGGAGGUGUGGGAGGAGUAGGAGCAGGAGCAGGUCCUGGUGGAGUCGGUGGUGGCCUGGGGGGAUAUGGUGGUGGUGUGGGUCCUGGUGGUUCAAGAUAUGGCACAGGUCAAGGACUGGGUACCGGCACUGGCAAACCACCAAAAAGAUAUGGAGCAGGAGCUGGUGGUACUGGGUUUGGGCCUGGUGGCUACGGGAUUGGACCAGGUGGAGCUGGUUCCGGACCAGGUGGCUUUGGUCCUGGCGUUGCUGGUGUUGGUGGUUAUGGACCUGGGGGCACUGGACCAGGUGGCUUUGGUCCUGGCGGUGCUGGUGGUUAUGGACCUGGGGGCACUGGACCAGGUGGAUAUGGACCUAGCGGUACUGGGACAGGACUGGGUGGUGUCGGAACCAGGCCAGGUGGUGGAUUUGGACCAGGUGGUGUUGGCACAGGACCAGGCAGCUAUGGACCUGGUGGAGCUGGGGUAAUUCCUGGUGUUUAUGCUGCUGGAGGUCAAGGACUGGGGAAAAGAAAGCCACCCAAAUCAGGUGCAGGGCUUGGACCUGGUGGAACAGGUACUGGACCUGGUAGGUAUGGGCCUGGAGGGGUUGGACCAGGUGGUGCCGGCACAGGAAUAGGCUUUGGACCAGGUGGUGCUGGCACAGGAACAGGUUUCGGACCAGGUGGUGCUGGCACAGGCACAGGGUUUGGACCAGGUGGCGCUGGCACAGGAACAGGCUUUGGACCAGGUGGUGCUGGCACAGGCACAGGGUUUGGACCAGGUGGUGCUGGUACAGGAACAGGCUUUGGACCAGGUGGCGCUGGCACAGGAACAGGCUUUGGACCAGGUGGUGCUGGUACAGGAACAGGCUUUGGACCAGGUGGUGCAGGCACAGGAACAGGCUUUGGACCAGGUGGUGCUGGCACAGGAACAGGCUUUGGACCAGGGGGCCGAGGAUUAGGGAAAAGAAAACCUAAAUCUGGUGCUGGAACUGGUGGUUUUGGCCCAGGAGGUGCUGGAACUGGUGGCUUUGGCCCAGGAGGUGCUGGAACUGGUGGCUUUGGCCCAGGAGGUGCCGGAACCGGUGGUUUUGGCCCAGGAGGUGCUGGAACUGGUGGCUUUGGCCCAGGAGGUGCCGGAACUGGUGGUUUUGGCCCAGGAGGUGCUAGAACUGGUGGUGUUGGCCCAGGAGGUGCCGGAACUGGUGGCUUUGGCCCAGGAGGUGCUGGAACUGGUGGCUUUGGCCCAGGAGGUGCUGGAACUGGUGGUUAUGGCCCUGGAGGUGCUGGAACUGGGCCAGGAGGUUUUACACCUGGUGGUGCGGGUGGAUUUGGACCUGGUGGCCAAACACUUGGGCAAAGGAAGCCUCCUAAAUCAGGUUACGGCUCAUCGUUGGGUGGAACUGGCUAUGGACCAGGUGGUGGAGUAGGAGGGGUCCCUGGUGCAGGAACAGGAGGUAUCCUUGGAGGCUCAGGUACUGCAGCAGGAGGGACAGGAGGUCUGGCAGGAACAGGUCAGGGAUUAGGAGGAGGUGCAGGUGGCUUGCCAGCAGGGGGUGUUGGCCCUGGCUAUGGUGGGGUGGCUGGUGGAAGCUAUCCAGGAUAUGCAGGGGCCGGGCAAAAAUCCAAGGCACAGAAGGCAGCCAAAUAUGCAGCCAUGCAGGCCUUACUAGGAGCUGGUGGCUACAGAGGCGCUGGCUGUCAGGGUAAAUACUGUGGCCGAAGGAGGAAGUGAAAGACCAACAGACAGGAAGUGACCUCAUUAAAACAACAGUGGUGCUAUUGCAUGAUCCCAGAUCGUAACUGUCUUACCUGCCAUAGAAGCUAAAGCUUCAACACAUUCCACAUGUUACACUUUUCAUUUGCUUAGAAGUGGUUCUCAACCUGUUAUGGUCAUGAUUCCUUAACACAAGGUGAUGCAUCUGGUGCAGGUUGAUGUGCAAGGUGGUACAUUUUUGCUUACUGUGUUGUUUUUAUAAUAAUAAUUAAGCAAUUUGACUUUGGUCAAAUAAUUUAAAAUGUUCACCAAUGCCCAAGAAAAUGCACAAGUCUGAAUGGGGUUUAGGAGUGUGAAUCACAAGUUUCAUCAUGAUACAAUAAUACAACGAUACUUUAGACGACACAGUAUUAACUAAUAUCACAAAGUCUGCCACCAUAUGAUUUCAGUUAAAUUCAGGAGCCUGUGAUCGAUAUGACAAAGUUAAUAUCCUCAAUUUAUUUUUUCUUGGCUGUUUGUCAUUGUCUGCCUGGCAACAGGCCGCUAGCACUGAAUGUUUAAGUAGGAGGUAUGCUUGGACAGAAAUAGUGACACAUAUUUGCCAUAGGAAUUUUAAAAUAAAGGUGUACCUUCACUUUGCACAAAUGAUAUUGGAUCGUUGAUCAUUGAAGACUGAUGUGUCUUUACACUCCUAAGGGGGAUACAUACAGUAUUACAUACAAUAGAAAUAUCUCCCUCAUGAAUCACCUUGUGACUCUCUGGGGAUCCUGACUACCAGGCUGAGAACCAAUGAAACGAAGGAUCAAGAUUUCUCUUUAAAUUUUGGGGCCUGUAUUAUAAUACAGUUUUUGUUUAUUGUUGUUGAACAUCAUUUGUGUUGAAGUAUCACCAUGAACCUCUGGGUGAAGACUGAUACCAAGGACACCCUCAGGGCAGCUCCUACAGACCUGUCUGCAUGCUGACACAAUGUUUUGUUUUGUUUUUGAUUCUCCGAGGCCAUACUUUUGUCCAGUUCGACUGGAUUUUUCUUGGGUCUGCAGAGUGUAAUGUUUGUUUUAUCAAUUCUUUGUUUUUAGCUUUAACAACAAAGUGCAAACACUUGGAUCAUCUGUCCAGCAAUCUGUACAAAGAUACAGACGGCUGCUAUUUAGAGGGAACUGUGAACCAAAGGGACUCUAAGCGGAUUUUUGUUUUUUAAUUUUGUAGUAUGGUGUUUUGACUGGUCAUUACCUGGUCCCUGAAAAGCAGUCUGUGUUCAUUUUAUUGUGCUCAGGCCUCAGCAGUAUCAACACAUAUAGAGACUGAGGUUUCUCAGCUGAUUGUUCCACUCUAUGCACGACAUUAAAGGCACCAUUUAUAGCUACAAAACUCUAAUUGGUAUUAGUGUAAACUUUUGGUUAACAUGCAUAUUUUUUUCAUUAUAAGAAGAAUGUAUUUGUAAUGACUUUAUGAUGAAGCUAAGGAAAGCAUUCAAGCUAAAUGUGAGGUUAUAUGAUCACAAUACAUGACAGUGCGUAUAAAUGGCAUCUAAGGAGCAAUGAUUACUGUGUUUUUCUUUUUUAUGUACCUCCUUUAACACUGUUGGGAAAUUGUCCACGUUUGCUAGUCUUUUUAAAUUAUGCUGACAAAAAGCAGAAAAAGCUGAGUGCUUUAUCUAUUUAGUCUCAUUUUAUGAAUUCAAGUGCAUUAAUACAGUAUUAAAUAUUUGAGUUAUUGUGCGUGUGUGUGUGUUUUAACAGUUUUUAAACUUGUGUACUACUUUGAUUAAUAUAAGUGCUUUGUUUUCUACAUUGUGCUAAAUCGCAAUGUAGUCUGUGAUGUCAUUUGGGGAAAAAAAAGUGUUAUUGAAUCUCAUCUUGCAUUUGAGCUUAUGUUUGUGUCUCUCAUGUAGCUCAGCAUUUGUUUUUAACAUCUGUGUUCUUUAUGUGGCCUAUGAAGAAAAUGAUGCACUUUUGUACACUUUCAGACAAUGCUCUCUGAAAUAAA